AUGGGAGCCUAUCCGCCGAUCGAAAUCAUCGAAAAGGGACUAGUGAUCCCCAGCGUGGAGACCCCGGCGGAGGAUAUCUGGCUCUCCAACCUCGACCUCCUUGCCGUGCGGUCUCACACCGCCACCGUCUACUUCUACCGCCGCCCCCUCAAUGACGCCGGAUUCUUCUCGCCGGAAACUCUCAAGGCCACCCUAGCCCGCACCCUCGUCUCAUUCUACCCUCUCGCUGGCCGCCUCGUUUCAGGAACCGACGGCCGUCUUUGCAUCCGAUGCACAGCUGAGGGUGCCCUCUUUGUCGUCGCCCGAUCUGAAUCGGCGGUGGAAGAUUUUGGCGAUUUCACGCCUUCCGAUGAGCUCCGACGGCUUCUUGUUCCUUUUGCUGAUGGCUCCGACCGUGCUGAUGUGCCUCUUGUCAUGUUCCAGCUAACGUUCUUCCGUUGCGGCGGCGUAUGCCUCGGCACGGCCAUUCACCACACCGCAGCUGACGGCCUCGCAUCCAUCCACUUUAUAAACUCAUGGGCCAGAAUUACCCACACCAACACUCACAUCCUCAUUCCCCCGUCCCUCCACCGCACCCUCCUCCGCGCCCGCUCCCCUUCUUCCAUAGCCUCCGCCCACAUCGAAUAUUCCCAAAUCCCAUUCACCCCUUCUUCCACUUUACCCUCCUUCCCCUCCGCCAUUCUCAAACUCUCCAAUCACCAUCUCGCCCUCCUCAAAACCACUCACAACAGUAACAACAACCAGAAAACCCCUAUUUCCACCUUCAAAGCCGUCGUCUUCCACAUCUGGCGCUCCGCUUGCAAGGCCCGCGAGCUCGACCCAUCCAGCCUGACGCGACUCUACAUAAUUGUCGACGCCCGAAACCGUCUUCGGCCGCCUCUCCCCGCUGGCUACCUCGGUAACGCCGUCUUCCGCACGUCGGCGCGGGCGAAGGCAGGGGAGGUGUCGGAGAUCGGAGUGGCGAAGAUCGAGGCUGCGUUAAAGGUGAUUGAUGAUGAAUAUAUAAGGUCGUUGGUGGAUUACUUGGAGGAGAAGGUGGAUGAGAUUGAGGCCAUUAGGCCGAGGGCAGUAGCGUGGGUGCUACCGGAGACGGAUUUGUGGGUGGUUAGUUGGAUGGGUAUGCCAAUCUAUGACGCGGAUUUUGGAUGGGGGAAGCCGUUUUAUAUGGGAGCGGCGUGUUUGCAGGUUGCUGGGCAAGCUUUUAUUGUGCCGUGUUCGCCGGAGGAGGAGGAGGAUGGAGGAGUUUCGGUGGUGAUGGCCAUGGAGGAGAGUUAUAUGGGAAGGUUCAAGGAGGUGUUUUAUGAAGAUAUUGGGGGUCCUGGGUCGGCUCUUGCUUGAACAUGUUUGACUAUUUUGAAUCGGAUAAUCCUUAAAUCGGUCAUCAUAAAUGGCAUAUUUGUCUAAUGUAAAAUUUGC